UCCUUUUGCAGUAUUAGCAGCGAAGGUCCCCGGAGCCUCGCGCGUUUCUGGAGAAGACUGGGUCACAGGUGGGAACUGCGUUGUGGACGAAAAGGGCUGGCUGGGCUACAGCCCGGGGGAACCCCAGUUUAGGAUCUGGUGCUGCGCAUGCCCGGGGGCUGGGUGAGGGGAGUAGGAGGCGGUGGCCACAGCCAAGCCCAUUCUCCCGCCGCCUGCUCGCGUGAAGAGGAUCCAGGACGAGCCGGAGUCAGGUGCGCAGAAGGCUAGUGAGCUCGCUCUCCUAGUGCGCCCCUACUGCGCGCGGCGCGGGGACAGUUGUUAGUCUUAUUUUGGAGGAGGCUAAGAAGAAUUCUUCAUUUUGAAAUUUCCUAGACCACUGAUAUCAACAAUGUCAUCCAGACCAUUUGAGAGUCCUCCUCCGUACAGACCAGAUGAAUUCAAACCAUCUCAUUAUGCACCAAGCAAUGACUUAUACAAUGGAGAGAUGCAUGUUCGACCAAUGCUUUCUCAGCCAGCCUACUCUUAUUAUCCAGAGGAUGAAAUACUUCAUUUCUACAAGUGGACUUCCCCUCCAGGAGUGAUUAGGAUUUUGUCAGUGAUCAUUAUUGUGAUGUGUAUUGCCAUCUUUGCCUGUGUGGCUUCCACUCUUGCCUGGGACAGUGGCUAUGGAAGCCCCUUUCUGGGAACUGGUCUAGGCAGCUACUACCCUUAUGGAGGAAGCAGCUUUGGAAGCUUUGGCAGCUAUAACUACGGCUAUGGAGGAGUUUAUACUGACCCAAGGGCUGCAAAAGGCUUCUUACUGGCCAUGGCGGCGUUUUGUUUUAUUGCUUCGUUGGUGAUAUUCGUGACCAGUGUUAUCAGAUCGGGAAUAUCCAGAUCAAGAACAUAUUUCUUAGUGGUGAUCAUCGUAAGCGCUAUCCUAGGCAUCAUGGUAUUCAUUGCCACCAUUGUCUACAUCAUGGGAGUUAAUCCAACAGCACAGGCUUCUGGCUCAUUGUAUUCAACUCAAAUAUAUGCGCUCUGCAACCAAUAUUAUACACCUAUGACAACUGGACUCUAUGUGGAUCAAUAUCUUUAUCACUUCUGUGUGGUAGAUCCCCAAGAGGCCAUUGCUAUUGUGCUGGGGUUUCUGGUUAUUAUAGCUUUUGCUUUAAUAAUAUUCUUUGCCGUGAGAACCCGAAGUAAGAUGGACAGGUAUGACAAAUCCAACAUUCUAUGGGACAAGAAAAGAGUCUAUGACGAGCAGCCUCCUAAUGUAGAGGAAUGGGUGAAGAAUGUGUCCAUAAAUACACAAGAAGUCCCCCCAGCUCCAUCUGACUAUGUGGAUAGAGUUGACAGUCCCAUGGCAUAUUCCUCUUAUGGCAGAAUGAAUGAAAAACGAUCAUAUCAGGACUCUUCAUACAAAUCAACACCGAUACCAGAAGUUGUUAAGGUUCUUCCAGUGACUUCAUCUGUGGAUGAUUUCAGGCAACCUCGGUACAGUAGCAGUGGUAACUUAGUAUCUACAACGAAACCUCAUGGGAAAGGAAGGAAAUCAAAAAGGGCUGACCAAGACCACUAUGAAACCGACUAUACCACUGGAGGGGAAUCGUGUGAAGAACUGGAUGAGGACUGGGACAGAGAGUACCCACCAAUAACUUCAGAUCAGCAGAGACAACUUUAUAAGAAAAACUUUGACACUGGCCUACAGGAAUACAAGAGCCUACAAGCAGAAAUUGAUGAAAUCAACAAACAGCUGUCCCGCUUGGAUAAAGAACUAGAUGAUUAUCAAGAAGAAAGUGAGGAAUACAUGGCUGCUGCUGAUGAAUAUAAUCGACUAAAGGAAGUGAAAGCAUCUGCAGAUUAUAAGAAUAAGAAGAAAUAUUGCAAGCAGCUGAAAAGCAAAUUGUCUCAUAUCAAAAAGAUGGUUGCGGAUUAUGAUAGACAAAAAACAUAAAGUCAGUGACCAGAAGGUUUGAGAAACUGUGGAGUAUAUCCUUACCUUCUCCGCAAAUGACUUAACCAAUGUUAUCUGAAGACAAAAUAUCUCUAGAGUGUAAUCAAUGAGAAGAUCUCUCUUUGUGACCUUUAUAAAGUUUUGGUAGCUAAAGCUAAUUCAAUAGCAUCAGUGUUGAUACCUUUUGUAAUGCUUUUUGGUAACUCACCUGUACAUUUUGACAUUAAUAGUUUUAGUCUUUUAAAUCUGGGUACUAGUCUUAAGGACCAAAUGUGUGUUGAAGAUUUAAGCCUUAAUGACUACUUCAGAUGUCACCAGUGCUAUGACUUACACUCCAGUCUCCUUUGUCUUCUCAGCUGAACAUGUAACCUCAUUAAAAAGCUCUCUCCUCAAUAGUGUUGCUACUGUUCUAGCUCACAGUUGAGGUGACCUCCAUACAAAGACUCUGAAUAUAUUAAAAAUGCCUUAAAUAUAUUCGUGUCUACUAUGUAUGCUGCAUUCUAAACCCCAGCCCCAUUGAUUUCUUCUUAAUGGCUUGAAAAUUAUUUGUAAUAAUAGUGAACUGUUUUCCUCAGCUGAUGCUAUGUAACCAAAAUUAUGCAAAAAUACCAUGCUUAUGAAAUUUUAAAAGUGUAUAUAUUUUACUUUUUUAAUCAGGGCAUUUAGACUCAUGAUGAUGUAGGUUAGAAUAUUUGUUGUGUAUUUUUGAAUGACUGUCAUUCACCUGUUAUGGUUUAUGUGUUUUGUUUUUUUUAACCAAGCAAAUGGUCUGUAUAAUAAAACAAAUUACUUUUGUAAUACAGUUAUAACUUGAACUAUAUCUUACUGGAACUUUUCAGCCCUUUAUAUAGUUUUAUUGAUGAGUCAACCUGGUUAAUUAACAAUACACACCCUUUUUUGAUAUUAUGUGACUGCUGAUACCAUGUGGAAAAGCCUUACACAUUGAAUGGUAGUAAUUCUGGUGGUAGCAGUAUGAAAAGGUCUAUUCACACUAUGUUGGUUGUUGAUUAUGCUGAUUGUUAGGUUGCUGAGUUUUUGGAUAUAGACCACAGAUUUAUGUGAAAACUGAAGAUAACAUGGCAGUUCAUGUAAUAGAGAUUUCCAGUGGUAUCAUUAAGUCUAAGUGUGUUCCAUUUGUUAAGUUAUGAGUAGUCAAAUAAAUUUAGCUUAACUGGU